AUGAAUUCAACAUUUGUACAGAUACCAAAAUUAAAUAUAAAUAAACAAGUUAAAAAAAAGACAGAUUCAAUUACAGCAAAUACAUUAUUACCAAAAUUAAUGAAUGAUACUUCAAUACAACAACCAAAUCAACAACAACAACAACAACAACCACAACAACCACAACAAGUUACAAAUGGUAUAACGAUUUUACAAAACUAUCAACCACAACAACCACAACCAGCAACAACUACAACCCAACAAUUAAAUAGUGCAAAUAAUACACCGACAUUAGUAUCAACUAAAAAAUCAGUUAUUGGAAUCAAUGAAAUACCUGAACAUUUAUUAAUUAGAGAUAUAAUUUAUGUUUUUCAAGGUAUUGAUGGUACAUAUAUAAAAUAUAAUAAACAAAGUGAUUCAUUUAAAAUUGAUGAAAAUACAUCCAAUACAUUAGUAAAUGGUGAACCAGCAUAUAUAUCAAAACCAAAAAGAGAUUUAGUUUAUCGUCUUUGUGAAUUUGGUUGGUUAUUUAAAAAAGUUAGAUUAUUUAUAACAAAUAAUGAUUUUAAAAAGACUGGUUUAACAAAUCAAAGUUUUUGUUCAGCAAUAAAUGAUGAAUUAAUUGAAUUAUAUAGAAUUAUAGCUAUUUUAGAGACUCAAGUUUAUAAAAAAUUUGAUAUGGUAAAUUAUGGUGGUGGUGGUGGUGGUAGUGGUGGUAGUGGUAGUGGUAGUGGAUUAGAAUCACCAUCAUCAGUAUCAUCAGGUGGUACAACAACAAGUACAGAGAUACCAUUUAUUGAUGGUGAUAGUUUAACAUUGAUUAGAUUAUUCGUAUGGAUUCAAUCACCAUUAAAGAGAUUGAAAGUGUUGGGAACAUGUGUUGAUUCGAUAACAGUUGAUAUGAAGGGUGGUGAAAUUCUAUCGAAAAUCGAUACACUAUCAAAACAUGGUGAUCAAGAUAUUAGAAUAUUGAUUCAUAAUAUAAUGUUUAAAAUUUGUCAACCAUUAUUCUCAAUGAUAAGGUUAUGGAUGUUUAAAGGUGAAAUCAAUGAUCCAUAUCAAGAGUUUUUCAUUAGACAAUAUGAAUCGGUUCAAUUAGAGAAAACUUGGAAAGAGAAAUUUGCAAUCGUUGCAAGACUAUUACCAUCAUUCAUUUCACUACCAUUAUCAAAAAGAAUUUUAAUCAUUGGUAAAUCAAUAAAUUAUAUGAAACAAUUUUGUAAUAAUUUUAAAGAAGAUAAAAAUGAUAGAUAUUAUUAUUAUAAUCAAGAAGAUGAUGAUGAUGACGAUGAAGAUCAUGACGAUAAUGAUGAUGAUGAUGAAAAUGAAAAUCAAGGUGAAGAUGAUGAAAUUAUUGAAAGAAAAUUAUUAAUUAAAGAAUCAAAAAUUAUUAAAGAAAAAACUAAAGAAUUAAAUUAUAUCAAUAAAGAAGUAUUACAAGAGAUAAUAGAGUUGGUGUCUAGACAAAGUUCAGAGAGAUUGUUAAAGAUUGUAUUGAAUAGAUUUAAAUUUAUGAAUCAUGUAAAAGCAUUAAAGAAAUAUUUAUUAUUGGGACAAGGUGAUUUUAUUCAAUAUUUAAUGGACUUGAUUGGUGAGGAUUUAUUGAAACCAACUAGCCAAAUUCAACGUCAUAAAUUAGUAGGUUGGAUGGAUACUGCAAUUAGGAAUUCAAAUGCUCAAUUCGAGGAACAGGAUAUUGUAAAUAGGUUAGACAUUGCAUUGUUACCUGAACGACCUGGAAAUAUAGGUUGGGAUAUUUUCUCAUUGGAUUAUCAUGUCGAUACACCAUUGAAUACUAUCCUCUCACCAAAUGAUAUAUUACGUUAUAAAAAGAUCUUUCAUUUUAUGUGGGGUAUAAAAAGAGUUGAGUAUUCGUUGGCUUCGAUUUGGCGUAAAAUUAGGUCGUCAACUUCCUUAUCGAUUCUAUCACCAAUUGGUGGUGACAUUCAUAAAUCUCAUUUGAUUAUGAAUGAAAUGGUGCAUUUCAUAUCGAAUUUUCAGUACUAUCUAAUGUUUGAGGUUUUGGAAUGUUCUUGGAAGAAUUUAGAGAAAUUCAUAGACCAAGAAGCUACCGAUUUAGAUCAACUCAUUGAGGCUCAUCAUCAAUAUCUUCAAGAUAUUUGUAAUAAAAUGUUUUUAUCAAAUUCUGAUAGUUGUUAUGAAUGCUUUAAAAAAUUAUUAUCAAUUAUCAUCAAAUUCACUCUAUUACAAACUAAAUUAAUCAACCUUUCAAUAGCUAUUCAAAAUGAAAAGAAUUUCAAUGAAACUCAUCAAGCUCAAGUUAAUAAAGAAUUUAAUAGUUUUAGAAAUCAUCUAAAUAAUCUCUAUCAAGAAUAUACAACUUCAUUUUAUAAAUUUCAAUCUGAAAUUUUAAAAGUUAAAGUAAAUCAAGAUUUAAAUCCAAUUUCAUUACAAUAUAUGUUAGAUUUUAAUGAAUAUUAUGAAGAAAAAAAAGAUAAUUAA